GUGAUAUUUGGCAUCAUUUUCCCACCUUCGAUUCUCCUCAUGGAUUUUCGACUCGGGGAGGAAGUGACAUGUCAAGCCCCAGCGGAGAACGAAGAAGAAGCGAAGGACAAAGACGAUGACAAUAAAUCCAGCAAGAUCCUGAUGUCAGAGCCGGGGAAGUUGAAGCAGAAGAUCAACGUUUGGGCCGAAGAGUACUGGAACAUCACAGACGCGGCGGCCAUCUUUACCUUCCUCCUGGGCCUGAUGCUGAGGCUGCAGAGCGAGCCCCUGUUGGGCAUCGGACGGGUCAUCUACUGCGUGGACAUCAUCUUCUGGUACAUCAGGGUGCUCGACAUCUUCGGGGUCAACAAAUACCUGGGACCCUACGUCAUGAUGAUCGGGAAAAUGAUGAUUGACAUGUUGUACUUCGUGGUGAUCAUGCUGGUGGUGUUGAUGAGUUUCGGCGUGGCUCGGCAGGCCAUCCUGCACCCUGAUGAGAUCCCAACAUGGCGUCUGGCCAGGAACAUCUUCUACAUGCCUUACUGGAUGAUCUAUGGGGAAGUGUUCGCUGACUCCAUAGACCUCUAUGCAAUGGAAAUCAAUCCACCAUGUGGUGAUAACAUGUACGAUGAGGAUGGGAAGAAGCUUCCUCCUUGUAUCCCCGGAGCCUGGCUCACUCCAGCCAUCAUGGCCUGCUACCUGCUGGUGGCCAACAUCCUCCUGGUCAACUUACUCAUCGCUGUCUUCAACAACACCUUCUUAGAGGUCAAGUCCGUCUCCAACCAGAUCUGGAAGUUCCAGCGUUACCAGCUGAUCAUGAAGUUCCACGACCGGCCCCUCCUCCCUCCGCCCCUCAUCAUCUUCAGCCACAUCUACAUCGUUCUGAAAUACGUCUUUCGUCGCUGCAAGAGGAGAACAGAGGGAGAGCAGGACGACAGGGACAACAAAGGACUACAGCUGCUGCUGAACGCUGAGGAGCUGAAGGCUCUGUAUGACUUCGAGGAGCAGUGUGUGGAGGAGUAUUUCAGAGAGAAGGAGGACGAGGAGCAGUCGUCUAGCAACGAACGCAUCCGGGUCACAUCGGAGAGGGUAGAGAACAUGUCGAUGCGUCUGGAGGAGGUGAACGAGAGGGAGCACUCCAUGAAGGCUUCCCUGCAGACGGUGGACCUGCGACUGGGUCAGCUGGAGGAGUUCUCUGGACGUAUGAUGAACGCCCUGGAGAAGCUGGCCGGGGUGGACCACAACGACCUGGUCAGAACCCAGUCGGGGGUCUCCUCGGUCUGCGACACGUCCUCUCUGCUCCGUCACAGCUCCAUCAACAGCUCUGACGGCUACAGUCUGUACCGGUACCACCUGGAGAUGGGAGAUGACACCCGCUCUGAGGCUGGGGACAUCAGGAGCCCUGAGAGGAAGGGUAGCCAGAGGAAGGUGGUUGAGAGGAAACGGAGUAUGAGAGAAACCACGACCAGCAUCACGGCCUCUGUGAAGGAGUACGGAGCCACGUUAGACGUGGUGGGCCCCAGAGAGAGGAAUCAUUCCAGCUCCAGUGUCUCUGUCUGCGAAGGGGCGAAGGAAACCCCAACCCAGAGGCCUGAGGUUCCUACAGAGGCUUCUCCACCGCCCUGCAGCCCUGCAGCCUCGAUGGACGCGGCCCUGGAGAAGGCAGGCGUGACCACGGAGAAGAUCAAGCUAGAAGCAGCCAUCUCAUACCCUCUGGAGAGGGUCAGGUCCCUGCAGUACCAGUCACCCGAGACCCACAGUGACUGUCUCACCUCCAGGCCCAGAUCCAGGAGCACUAUGGUGUACAACCCAGCCGAUGGGGGAGAUGAGGGGGCUACUUGGGCCACAGACGUCAACAACCCCCUCACUGGGGAACUGGAAACGGUUACCUCCAGAUCUCCAACCAUGGGUCACUGGGCAGCGCGCUUCGAGUACAGAGUCCACCCCUGCCCGUUCGGCCACAUGCCCAAAGUCUCCAUGGAGAAGCUAGUCCCCACCACCACAGAUACAAAGGACGAGGCAGAGGCAGACAGUGAACCACAGGAACCAGGGAAGAGCAAGUCAGAGAGCAACCAAGAUGGAGGUGAGGAGAAGCAGGAAGCUGAGGCUAAAGAUACUGGUGGAGGCCUUCUGCUUGUGGCAGAGGACAGGAUGUAUCCAUCACUGAGGUCUAAGAGCCUGAACACCAACCCCACAGAGAACCAAGUCAGACAGUAUUAAAGACCUAACAGCUAUGUUAGGAGGGACUGGGCACAAAGGACCAAGUCAGACAGUAGUGGAAAAGACCUAACAGC